GGGGAUAUCUAAGCUUAAUCGAAAAUCCUAAAGUGCGCGAAAGCUAGCUUUGAUUCUGAUUUAAAAAAUCUUUAUCAUAGAAUCGUAGCAGUCUAUAGAAAGUUUGUUGUUACUUUGGUGGGGAUAAUUCGUCUUCCAUAAAAAGACAUUUCAAGAGUAAACGACCUUUGUGGUCUGUUUAUACAAGGCGGCGCGCAGUGCAGUCUGGGGUAGCAAUGGUGGGCGCGUGAUUUUGAACAAAUUCCAGACAUCAGUCACAAACACAGGAGGAGGUCCUUGAAAAAAAUUCGCGAUGUCUGGGAAUAAAGGGCAAAGUAUGCGUGCCCUCGUGGAACCAGUGGCUCUAGAUUCUCGAACUCUCAGUGAUGGGGAUUUGAGCGCUUUGAGUCUUUCCCACAACGUCGAACAAUAUGCAGGCAAUGAUUUCGAGACGUACACCAGCAUUUCUGGCGAAUUAGAAUGUAUGAAUGCCGAGGAAGUAAUGACGACCGACGAGGAACACAUCGUGAUAGAACGAGAAUCCGAACCAGACGUAGAAACUGUCCUUCCAGACGUCGAGAUGAGUGACGUUACCGAAGAGGUUCAAACCGAGCAAAUCAUAUACACAACAGCCAAUCAAAACAAUCAGAAUAUGAUUUUCCAAACGAAACCGACGCUGCAAAGAGUUCCUGUUUCUACAUUACAGAUGAAACAGAGCGUCAGUCAGCCAACACAAAGCCAAUCAAUCAUGAUUGUAUCUCCAGCUGGCGGACAAGGCGCCAGUCAAAUAUUGAAAAUUUCCCACCCAUCCACAGCUUCCGCAGGCCAGUUGCAAAGUUUGGCUCAAACUUUAAUAACAGCAAAAUCUGCUGAUGGCAAUAUCGUACAAUUGCGAUCAGCCCAGCCCAAUAAACCAAUCAUGACGACAAGUCAAUCUGGCACGAUCACUUUGAGUAAUGUUCAUGCUGUUAAAACUGUCCAGUCUUCUGUAAAAAGGCCUGCUCAAAGUGUACAGGCAAAUCGAAACGUUUACACAAAAAUGAUUCUCACUGGUGGUCAAGCUCAACCAGGUCAAGUUCUCUUCACAACACAAGGUGACAACCAGCAACAGGCUAUAAAGUUUAUAAGUAAUAAUAGUACCGGACAAAACAUUACUAGUCCGACAAAAACGAUUACUUUGGCUCAAGCUCAACAAAUGGGGCUCAUAGGCGGCGGAAAAGUGCAGCACAUUAUUCCCUCUACGCAUCAAAAACAAGGGAUAAUUGUUAAUAAACUGGUGCAGUCAGGUGGAACCCCGAAAAUGACUCUUGUUUCCAACUCAAUGAAAUCUCCAACAAAAAUUUUGCCAGCACCAUCGAUUCAAGGAAAAUCGAUAUCAAAUUCUCAAUCAAAGCCAGGCAUUCAACAGACUGCGCAGAAAGUCAUCAUUAGACAGAGUUCCUUGAAACCGGGAACAGUCCUUGGAGGUGGUCAUCAAGUUAUCAGAAUCCCAUCUAAUCAAAACAUUGUCACGUCGAAUCAAGUCCAUCAGAUCCAAAUGCCCGGACGGCAGGUACAGUACGUAAGAUUGGUCAGUACACCUUCCACUGGAACAACCAACGUUGUAACUGUCGGAAAAUCGAAACCUCAAGGGACACUCCAAACAGUUGGAGUUCACCAGAAAAUUGGUCAACAGCAGAUUGUCAAAGCAAUAAGGACUGUGACACCAAAAACCGGACUUGGUGGACCUGGACAACGACUAUUAAUUCCUGCCUCUGCGAACGUUGGGGGUCAAGCGAAAAAUACAGUCACUAUUCCAGCUUCUGCGUUGAGUCAACUUGCAUCCGGACAGGCUGUCAUAUCUGGAAAUUCAAAUCUCAGCAACAUAAUUGUUCUUCCAGCCCAGUACCAGCAACAAAAGGAAGAUGGCAAAAACAAAUCACUUAAUCAGUCAUCCAGUUUGCUUAAUAUUUCGCAAAAUUCGAUGGACUCUAGUGCAAAUUUAUCAAUUUCUUCUCUUUCCGAAAGUAAAAGGUCUUCGGCUCCCCCUUCAGAACCGAAUGGAAUUCGCCCAAGGAAACCUUGCAAUUGUACUAAAUCCCAGUGUCUCAAAUUAUACUGUGAUUGCUUCGCGAAUGGGGAAUUCUGUAACAUGUGCAAUUGCAACAACUGUUCCAACAAUCUAGGAAAUGAGGAAGAAAGACAAAGAGCCAUCAAGUCUUGUUUGGAACGCAAUCCAAAUGCUUUCCGACCGAAAAUUGGAAAAGGUCGGGAAGAAGAUAUCAGACGACACAACAAAGGUUGUAACUGUAAACGAAGCGGUUGCUUAAAAAACUACUGCGAAUGUUAUGAGGCGAAAAUCCCAUGUUCCGGAAAUUGCAAAUGCGUUGGUUGUAGAAAUGUGGAGGAAACGAGUACAAAUAAAAAAUCCUUGAGAGAUCUGGCUGAUGCUGCGGAAGUUCGAACUGCUCAACUCACUCUCAAUAAAGCUAAGAUGCAACAGUAUGCAGAAAUCGCUUUUAGACCGCCGGCUACGUCGAACACUGGCGCUAGACAACCUUUCAAUUUCCUAACCGACAAAGUUGUCGAAAUGACCUGUCAGUGUUUAAUGGCACAGGCAGAAGAAUCAGAGCGAAAUAUGUUGGAUGAUGAAUCAUCGCAAAAACUAAUAAUCGAGGAAUUUGGACGAUGCUUGAAGGAAAUUAUAGAAUCUGCCCACAAAGCAGAAAGCACCUAGCAGGGAGCUUCAGACAAAAGUCGAGGUUUUCAUUCAUUUCAAUCUUACACAUUACAUUAAAGUCCGAGGGAUUGACUCUUUGUGAGCCUUAGCGAUAGGAAUGAUUGAUCGAAUAAUGCGAAUACCAAAGACGGUAUGGGCAAUUGUAAAAUUAUAAAAUGUAGAAUGUCUUUGAGAGGCGCGAUUUGCGUCGAAAUUCGUUUAGGCAUCCGGAUGAAUGAAGUGAAUAUAAUUACGAUAAUUUAAUAAUUUUUUUGUCCAGUUGUUCGUAGCAUGCCUCAAUAAUUUUCUUCAGCGCUCAGUAGAGAAAAGGGAAAUCUGAUUUGUAAAUAGAGUUCGUUUAUGAAAUUAUGGUGACAAAAUAUUGUGUAAAUCGUCAGGUAUCCAUUUCUUGGUAGUAAAAACAAAAAUUAGUUAAUCAUAAAUUCACUCUAGGUUAAUAAAUCCUUUUUUAUCUUUAGAUUUAAUCUAAGCCAGACACAAGUGUCUGCAAAGUCUCGAUUUGAUAUUUGAGGCCUUCUCGCCCGCGGGAUCAAAAAAACUAAAAGUUUUGAUGGCAAUUGCCAUCUACUUUGUAAAGUGUACAAAGACCUAAUUAUUUACUGAAGUGACGAGAACUUAUUUUCGAAUUUAAUUCUGUGAAAGAUGGAAUUCCGUAUCAUAAAAAAGAAUAUUUUUUUUAAAUAGAAAUACUUUCAGAGUUGGUGCUACACUGUUUAUUUCAAAUAACUAAUUUGAGAAAUAUUAAUUUUUAAUUCUUUUAAACACUCAGUAGCAAAACGUUGAAGGCACUUGAAAGAUUUCAGUGUUAAUCUUUAGCAGUUCGAUAGUUAAAAAGGUUGGUUUCUAGUUUUUACGGAUCUCUAAUCACGUGAUAGUUUUAAGAAAUGAAACUAUACAAGAGUGCAUUUUAAAACUUUACCCGUUUUAUUAUUAAUAUUUCCUCUAAGUGUAAAAAUAAUUUUAAAGCCUAAAUUUGUACUUUUCGAGUUGAAUCAAGUUAAUAGUUCAAAUAUUUUUAUUUCUCUACUUACACACUCUCAAUCUAGAAAUAACAAUUGUACAUGCCACUUGCGCAGCGACAUCAGCCCCACCAAGAGCGCUCUUUCCAGUAGGUCAAAGAGGUAUUCGUCAGACGUAUUUUCUGAUUUUGUAAGAUGUAAUAGUACUUUUUUUAGUAAGUAACUACAUAUGAAAGGCAGACUUUACACUUUUAUCAAUGUAGAAUAAUGUAAGAAAGUGUAUAAACAGUAAUGGAUCUAAAUGAUUUAAAUAUAUAAAUAGAUAGAUAUAUACAUACAUAUUAUAUUCAUAGAGUUGAAAGUUCGAGGGACGUUAAUUAUGCUUCAUAUGGAGAAGUAUGUGUUCAGUGGUAUUGUAUUGAUUGCCUAGCUUUACGAUUUUGACAUGUUACAUUUCUACUUGAUUAAAUUAUGGUUUCUUAGACAAUUGAA